UUGAGAUCCUCACGGGAAGCACAUGAGCUGACGGGCAUAGCAUUCCUAUCUACCACUGGCAAAACGAGUCACGGUGACUCACUACUCACAAGUUCACAAGGCAUCUGACGCAGACACAGAGAGAGAGAGAGAGAGCAAUAGAAGAAAAGCUGCCAAACUCUUAACUAACAACACUGCUGCUCGGCCAACCCGAGAGUGAAAUACCCACCAAAAAGUUUUCGCUUUUUUUUUUUUUCCCCUCCUCAAAUCUCUUGUUCCGUUUUCUUCGGUGUUCCUCUUCUGGGUAUUUCAGAUUUCCCUCUGGGACGUCAAAAUUUGGGUUCAGAUGAGAAAUCCGGCGAAAGGUAGCCACGAAGAGGAAGACUACGAGGAGGAUGAUUUUGGGUCCAGAAAAGAGGGGCCUUCUUCCAAUACCAACAACUCCAACAGUAAAGAUGCUAAGAAUAAUGAUAAGGCUAAUGCCAUACGAUCAAAACAUUCAGUGACAGAACAGAGAAGGAGGAGCAAGAUCAAUGAGAGAUUCCAGAUUCUGAGAGAUCUUGUACCGCAUAGUGAUCAGAAGAGAGAUACAGCAUCAUUCCUAUUAGAGGUGAUCGAGUAUGUUCAGUAUUUACAGGAAAAGGUACAAAAGUAUGAUGGUUCAUACCCAGGAUGGAAUUCAGAGCCCAUGAAGUUGAUACCUUGGAGAAACAGUCACUGGCGUGUUCAGAGUUUUGCCGGUCAUCCUCAAGCCAUAAAGAAUGGGCCAGGGUCUGCAUUUCCAGGAAAAUUUGAUGAGAAUAACAUCUCAAUUGCACCAACCAUGAUAACAAGCACACAAAGUCCAGUUGAAUCUGACCCUAGCAGGGAUGUCCCUAGCAAGGCCUUGGAGUGUCAGCCUGAGAUGGCUAACAAGGGGAUUCCUGUACCAAUGCCCCAGUCAGCGAGUUUGUCUGGCCCCACAAGAAGUGAUGCUGUGCUUGCACAUCCUCUUCAGGUAUCGGUUUCUGAUUCACAAUCAACUCAAUGCGCAACGACAAGCGAUGCGCAGAACCAACAGGAGGAGCUCAUGAUUGAAGGGGGAACAAUUAGCAUCACGAGUUCUUACUCUCAAGGAUUACUAAACACUGUUGCUCAAGCAUUGCAAAAUGCGGGCUUGGAUCUGUCGCAGGCAGGCAUCUCAGUGCAGAUUGAUCUUGGCAAGCGCGCAAAUAGAGCUCUUUCGUCCGGGACGUCCAUCUCUAAGGAUUAUGAAAAUCCGCCUUCUAGCAAUCAAACAAUGAUACAUCAGAGAGACACUGGUGGGCGGGAGGAUUCCGAUCAAGCUCAAAAGCGGUUCAAGACAUGAUGAGCAGUUUCCGAUGGUGUUUUCGAUCUCCUGUUGGUGGGUGCUCUUGCCUGUAUUUUGGUUGUAGAGUACAUAAAUGUUUCUGAAUGUAUCAAAAAGAGCCUUUUACAGGUUAAUUUCCUGGUAAAUAAGUUGGUUCUUCAUGUUUGGUGCAUCUGUUAGGCACUAAAGUCAUUUUUAUUCCCAUGCAACUCCAGUUGCUUUCUUCUUCAAUAUUAAUUUAUGUUAAUGUUUGCUUUCUUAUAUUGUUUAAGGGAUAUAAAGGUGCACAAACUUUAAACCAACCACGCAUGCAAUGAGAUAGUCCUGUAUACAGGAUGCGAUUUUAAAAGCAUCCACUGAAGAAUAAAGAAAAUUUUUUUUUUUUGAAUCGGAGGACUUCUGACCAAAAUUUGUUUCCGCUAAAAUGUACACCAAACGCUUUCGGCUUGCACCAAAAUAGCAAGAAAGUUAAUGAUCUGCAGUAUGGAAUGUGGUAAACAAAGAAAACGCAGAUAACCACUUGGAACGAAUAAAAAAAAAGAAAA